GUCCCGGGGGUCUCCUUCCUGUGGGACCUGCCCGGAACACCUCACCAGGGAGGCAUCCGAAUCAGAUGCCCCAGCCACCUCAUCUGGCUCCUCUCGAUGCGGAGGAGCAGCGACUCUACUCUGAGAUCCUCCCAGAUGACCGAGUUGAACCCCAAUGUACAGGCGCCGAGCCGGGGGGCAAUAAGUAUACCCACAGCUGCUCUGCGCCGCUCACCGUGGGCAACUCCAGAGUGGAAGAGAGUCCAACCCCUCUCGAGGUGACUGGUACCAGAGCCCAAGGCGCGCGUGGAGGCGACUCCGACUAUAUCUAGUCGGAACGUCUCGAUCCUCACACACCAGCUCGGGCUCCUUCCCUGCCAGACAGGUGACAUUCCACGUCCCUAGAGCCAGCUUCUGUAGCCGGAUCGCCAAGGCCACCGCCCAGCUCGCACUGCACCCGACCCCUCAUGGUCCAUAUAAAUAUAUAAGCGCAAUAAACAAAUAAUAGCCCAUCCACAUUUUGCAGGGCUCGUUAUUAGCUGUACGUACAGCGGUUCCGUGGUAUAGUGUACCGUCCAUCCAUGCAUCCGUGGCAAAGUGGCACUUUCCUUGUUGGGCGUCCGAACUACAAGUCCCAUGAUGCACCGCGAGGAGCAGUGAAGCUGCCUUCGCCCGCCUGGUUCAGUCUCUCACUAUCUCUCUCUCUCUCUCUCUCUCUCUCUCUCUCUCUCUCUCUCUCUCUGUCUCACUGGCGAAUAUGUGACCAAAGUUGGUGCUUUCUGGGGAAGCCGUCAAGCGUCAAUAAUAGUUUCCCGUAAGUGGGAAACGCUGUCGGACCCCCUUUUGUCUUAGUCCGCCUUCUUUGAACAUGGGAAAUGGCGUCAAUAAGGUCCUGCCUGACUUAUAUUUGGGAAAUUUCAGAGACGCACGAGACCGAGAGCAGUUAGCCAGGAACAACAUCACCCACAUCCUCUCCAUCCAUGACAACGCGGCGCCCAUCCUUCAGGAGAUGACCUAUCUUUGCAUUUCAGCGGCCGACCUGCCUACGCAAAACCUGACUCAACACUUUAAACAGAGCAUCAUGUUCAUGCACGAGUCGCGACUGAAAGGAGAAGGCUGCUUGGUUCACUGUCUGGCAGGCGUGUCCCGCAGCGUCACCCUGGUGGUCGCCUACAUUAUGACAGUGACAGGACUUGGCUGGAAGGAGGCUCUGGCUGCUGUGAGGGUGGUCCGGCCCAGCGCUGGCCCGAACUUGGGCUUCCAGCGCCAACUCCAGGAGUUCCAGACGACUCAUGUCGAUGAAUUCAGGAAGUGGCUCCAGAGGGAAUAUAAGGACAAAACGUUCAACGAUGAAGCAGACAUUCAAGAGCUGCUUGCCAGAUCUUCUAAAGUCAAAGACAAGCAAGUGGAAAACCCGGAAUUGACCCCACGCGAAGCCAUCUGAGCGCUCUUACGACUCCGGCCACCAUCUUGCUACUGUGCACUGCACAAGUCUGAAAAGCUGGAUUGCUCACACAAAAACCAAGGACUUGUUUUUAUCAUUGAUUGAUUGUUGACCUAACUUAUACAUAGUGUGCGCUGUUUUUCGUUUUGUUUUCCAGUGUCAUGUCAAUCUGACUUCAAAUUUGGAAAUAAUAAAAAGAGUGACUUCAA